AUGGCACCAUCACAGCCAGUAAGGAGUGGUAGGGGAAUUAUGUCGACUUGUGUGCUACCAGCUACCACAGGCACCGCUCCCAAUAUCUCUUGGCUCUCCGACGAGUCCUCAGUAGCAACAUUCUCAAGUGCCUCGAUUUCCUCUAUAUACGAAACGUCCGGAUCCCUGCUCAAUCCCAGUGAAAACAAUCAAGAUAGAGGUCGAUACGUAUCGAAAGCUGGGCUAUCCUGCUCAUCUCAACGGUCGAUCCUCGCCGUUUUUGUACUGGCAUUAUCGACGGACAUGGAUAAUAGCACAGGAAGCAAAAUCAAUACCAUCUAUAUGAUGGGAAGCUGCAGACGAGCAAGUCCAUCUCUCGUGUCAGAGAUGUGGGACGGCCAGAUUAGUAUGGCAUGUCCCAAUUCAUCGUCAAGCAAAGAUUCAGAUAGGUUGUAUGACAGGGCCUCGAAUGGUGAACUGUUAGAAAAGUGGCGGGAAAAAUAUGCUUUGUUGCCCUCGCCUCACAUUCAUCUAAUGGUGCCUGUGACAUUGCCUCGCGUGUCUCUGCUUCAUCUUCAGAUGAUGAAGGGAGAACAGAAAGAUUGGAAAGGUCAUGAGGCGGAGAUGGAGUGCGGAAGUCAAGAAUGGAAGUGCUUGAUGCAAGACGGCGUGGUGGAGUUCCUUCUCGGUUUUGCUGGGUCACAACUUCGGGGGCGAGAUAUGCAGAAAGUCAAAAGUGGAAUUGCUGACUCUGAGGAAAGUGACACUAUUGACAACCUUAGCGAGACCAAAGUCGGCAACUUUGACAGUGGGGGAUUUUCCGCAGUUAGCAGCACGUUCUAA